GAAGGGGCGGGGCUGAGGGCGCGCGUAGUGCUUCUUGCAGUAUUUGCUGCGACUGCCUUCAGCAUGGAGGAAAUUUAUGCCAAGUUUGUAUCUCAGAAGAUCAGCAAAACCCGCUGGCGACCAGUGCCUGCGGGGAGCCUGCAGACGGCAGAAACCUUCGCAACCGGCUCUUGGGACAACGAGGAAAAUUAUGUUUCAUUGUGGUCUAUUGGAGAUUUUGGGAACUUGGAUUCUGAUGGAGGAUUCGAAGGAGACCAUCAAUUAUUGUGUGAUAUCAAACACCAUGGUGAUGUCAUGGAUUUACAGUUUUUUGACCAGGAAAGAAUUGUAGCUGCUUCAUCAACAGGAUGUGUAACAGUUUUUCUCCAUCAUCCAAAUAACCAGACUCUGUCAGUCAACCAGCAGUGGACAGCAGCCCACUACCACACAGGGCCUGGCAGUCCUUCCUAUAGCAGUGCCCCAUGUACAGGCAUUGUGUGUGACAACCCAGAAAUUGUCACGGUUGGAGAGGAUGGUCGAAUAAAUCUCUUUAGAGUUGAUCACAAGGAACCUGUAAGGACGAUAGACAAUGCAGAUAGCAGUACACUCCAUGCUGUGACCUUUCUUCGAACUCCUGAGAUACUUACAGUAAAUUCAAUUGGACAGUUAAAAAUAUGGGACUUCAGACAACAAGGAAAUGAACCUUCUCAGAUACUAUCAUUGACUGGUGAUCGAGUGCCACUUCACUGUGUUGACAGACAUCCCAACCAGCAGCAUGUUGUAGCUACUGGUGGCCAGGAUGGAAUGCUAAGUAUUUGGGAUGUUAGACAAGGUACUAUGCCUGUAUCUCUGCUAAAGGCUCAUGAAGCUGAAAUGUGGGAAGUUCAUUUUCACCCAUCCAACCCAGAUCAUCUGUUUACUUGCUCUGAAGAUGGAUCCUUAUGGCACUGGGAUGCCUCUACAGAUGUGCCUGAAAAGUCCUCUCUCUUUCAUCAAGGAGGAAGAACCAGUACUUUUCUGUCUCAUACCAUUAGUAACCAGGCUAAUGUUCACCAGUCUCUUAUAAGUUCCUGGCUCAGCACUGAUCCUGCAAAAGAUCGUAUUGAAAUCACAAGCUUGCUUCCCAACAGGACUCUGUCUGUGAACAGUCUGGAUGUUUUAGGUCCUUGUCUUGUUUGUGGAACUGAUGCAGAAGCAAUAUAUGUUACCAGACAACUGUUUUCAUGAAAAUACUGCGAUUAUAAUAUUUCAAGUUAAACAUAUAGUUAGCCUUUUGAAUUCCAACUUUUGUGCAAAACUUUAUUAUUGGAAAAUGUGAUAUUUGGAGGGGAUACGUCAGUAAACUAUUGUUAACAUCAAUGCCCAGUUUGGGCUUUUGUUACUUCGGUAUCCCCAUAACAGUUACAGAAUCUGAUAGAUUGCUGAUGGCAAAAGAUUUUGAACAUGUGGAAGAACAUCAGAGGGAUCCUUGUGCAGAUGAAUACAUUGCCUUCAAACAGACAAUUAUUGACAGCUUAUGGAACCAAUGCUUCAUUUUUGGUGGUGCACAAUUGAGCAUUAAACCACCAAUGAGUACCUAUUAUUUUUAUCAACAGUAUAUGGAGGAUACCCCUCCCUGGUGGCUUUAGCCAGUGUCAGUGUGUAUUCUUUUUAUUGCAGGUAUUUUCUUUGCUCCUACAUUUUAUUUUCUUACUAUUUUUAAUAAGCUUUUUCAUGAAAAAAUGAGUAGAGCAAAAAUGACAAAUUUAUAGUUGUUUUCAAAUAUUUUUAUUAUUAUUUUCUGUGGAUCCAUGGGUGGUGCUGGGACUGAACCCAGGCAUUGUGCAUGCCAGGCACUCUACCAUCGAGCUGUACCCGUAGCCCCAUAAUUUUUUUUUUUUUUAUAAAAAUGAAAAUAUACAUGUUAUCUUUGGAUGCACAUUUUCUGGCAGUAAACAUGUUACUAUCACUUUGAACUACUACUUAAUAUUCUAAAGUAUAAAUAAGUAUGUUAUAGUGUAUUUAUUUCAUGGCAUAUUACAUUCCAUGUUCCUGCCUUCUCACUGUUGGAUUAGUACUAUAUUUGUUUCUUUUAUUUGUUUGUAUUCUUAAACAUUUUUAUUUUCUGAGGCAGUUUAACAUUUUCUUAUUAAUUUUUAACCUUUUAGAUAUGAAGAAUUUUUUGUGCAUGUGAUCCUAUGAUACAGGUAUCUUUCGAUUUAGCUUUGGCUUUAUUCAUGGGGCUUUUCAUAGAAGUUGGUAUUUUGUAUAUGGUUGAUUGAAUUGUAAAAUUCUUUACCUUAUGACCUUUGCAUCAUGCUAUCCCUAUCCUAAGUUUACAUAAAUGUUUACCUAUAUUUUCCUCUAUUUUGAGGUUUCAUAUGUUAUAUGUAAUUAUCACAUUUGAAUUUAAUUAUUUAGUGUAUGCCUGUAAUCCCAGCUACUCAAGAGACUGAGGUAGUAGAAUUGCAAAUUUGAGGCCUGUGCAACUUACCAAGACUGUCUCAAAAAAAAAAAAAAAAAAAAACAACAACAAAACCUGGGGAUAUAGGUUGGUGGUUCAUCCC